AUGAUGUCGUGGCUGAAGAAGGUACUAAUGGGAUUGGUCGGAGAGCGAUCUGUAUCCAGAUCUUAUGUUUCGCCACCACCUGGAUUAUCGACGGACACCUCCAGUAAUGGCAAGGGAUACCGCGUCUACCCGGCAAGAUGGCUAGUUCUUUGCGUCUGCUGCCUACUAGCAAUGUCAAAUGCUAUGUUGUGGCUCAGUUUCAUCACGUUGACGGAGGAGACCCAGAUUUUUUAUUGCAACCGAGAAGACUGCUCAGCAGCUUUCUACACUAACCAGAUAUUCCAGUUGGUUGCAGUUGUUACUGGGAUUGGUGGUAUGUAUAUCACCGACAACUACGGCAUACGUUUAUCGAUUAUGUGCGGCACAUCUUUGAACUUCCUUGGUUCGUUACUUCGAGUGAUUUCUUCGAUUCCAUCAAUCAAUGAUUUCUCUGCAAGGCAAGCAUUGCUUCACACAGGUUCUGUCAUAGCAGCCUCUGCACAGGCAUUAUUCCUUGUUUUGCCCUCAAAAGUUGCUGAAGCAUGGUUCCCUGAACAUCAGCGAUCACUUGCCAAUGUUCUUACUUUCAUAGCGAAUCCUCUGGGUGUUGUGCUGGGAACUAUACUACCAUCGUUGUACUUUAGCGGUAGCGUCAAAGUAGAAAGUUCUUCUUGGCAUAUGUUUGAGUUCAAUGCAAGCAUGGCUAUAUUGACAACUAUUGCAUUCGUGCUGUCGUUCUUUGUAAGGCAUGGUAAACCUCCUACUCCUCCAUCGGCUUCAUCCGCGAACCAUUCGACGGAGGCACCUCCAUUCUGGAACGCCAUUGCAAUUUGCUUCAGUAACAAACAGUUUGUUAUACAAAUGCUUAUCUUUGGUCUUGCGUUCGCUGAGCUUUGGAGUUUUAUGGUGAUAAUGGAUGACAUCAUCACAGAACAGGGCUACAAACUUUACGGUUAUCCGACUGCUUUGGCUGCAUUUACUGGUGUGAUUGCUUCGCUAAUCUGCGGUGUUAUCGCUGAUUGUACAAAGAGGUUCAAGGAACUAAUUCGUUUCUGCUGGAUAUGCUUCGCACUUGUGUCCAUAUUGAUUAGAUUUUGGCUGCGGCACAAAUGGACUAGUCCGAUUGAUUCCGCAGUCUUUUUACUUGCAUGCUCAUUUCUCGGCGCAUUCUCCAUUCCACAGUUUCCUAUUGGCGUAGAAAUGGGUGUUGAAACAACGUUCCCAGUCUACGAGGCGACCUCCUCUGGCCUCUUAGUGUUGAGUGGGCAAAUGUGGAUGUUUGUGAUGUAUUUCGUAUUUGAAAAAGCCAAAAAUCUAGAUCUUUGUUAUAAUUACUCGAAGUCGUCAGCGUCCAGGAAUUGGCAGUUGAAUCUUGACAUCUGGUGUGCAUUGGCAGUGGUUGCAACGAUUUUCUCAUUCGCAGCAAAUCCAAGAUAUAAAAGGAUGCAAUACGAGAAGAGCGCAUUGAGACAAAUAAGCCAGCUGACAUCUGACUUUGGUCGAGCUUUCGAAAUGAACUCUGAGAAGCCUCUUGCGGUAAUCUCAAAAGAUAUGAGCUUCAAAGAUGGUUUUGAGGCAAAAGAACGUGACAUACAAACGCAUAAUUGAACUUGGAAU